UUUCUUGCAUCCCUAACACAUACUCGCAGCGUGGCUGAGUAGAAAUUUUUGCGGAAAUUUCCCUUGCAAAUCUUCGCCAGCAGGAACAACAAUGUCGGCCCUCAAUCUGACCGUUCGCGUGCACCCGGUGGUGCUUUUCCAGGUGGUGGACGCCUUCGAGCGGAGGAACGCGGACUCGCACCGCGUCAUCGGCACGCUGCUCGGCUCAGUGGACAAGGGGGUGGUGGAGGUGACCAACUGCUUCUGUGUGCCGCACAAGGAGCACGACGACCAGGUGGAGGCGGAACUGAGCUACGCCCUGGACAUGUACGACCUCAACCGCAAGGUGAACUCCAACGAGAGCGUGGUGGGCUGGUGGGCCACCGGCAACGACGUGACGAACCACAGCUCUGUGAUCCACGAGUACUACGCCCGCGAGUGCAACAACCCGGUGCAUCUCACCGUGGACACCUCGCUCCAGGGUGGACGCAUGGGGCUCCGCGCCUACGUCUGCAUACAGCUGGGAGUGCCCGGCGGCAAGAGCGGCUGCAUGUUCACACCCAUUCCCGUCGAGCUGACCAGCUACGAGCCGGAGACCUUCGGACUCAAGCUGCUGCAGAAGACCGUGGGCGUGUCGCCCGCCCAUCGGCCCAAGACCGUGCCGCCCAUGCUGGACCUGGCCCAGAUCUCAGAGGCCUCCACGAAGCUGCAGUCCCUGCUGGACCUGAUCCUCAAGUACGUCGACGACGUGAUCGCCCACAAGGUGACCCCGGACAACGCUGUUGGCCGCCAGCUGCUCGACCUCAUCCACUCCGUGCCGCACAUGACCCACGAGCAGUUCACCCAAAUGUUCAACGCCAACGUGCGCAACCUCCUGCUGGUCAUCACGCUCUCCCAGCUCAUCAAAACACAGCUGCAGCUCAACGAGAAGCUCACCUUCCUGCCCACCGCCUAGAAGGGCGUUUGAUGGUGAAGUGGGGAUAUCUACUAAGGGCGAAAUUGUAAAUUCAGAUUGUAUUGGAUUGUGUUUUCUAUCAACGGGUCUGGAUAAUAAACUCCUCGGUCUGCCAGAAAACCAAAAA